GAAGUGAUAACAAUCAUAAGAACGGGAAAGAUUUAAACAUUUGAAAAGCUUAAUUAAGAUGAUAAUCAGUUAAUUAUUAUCACAAUCAACUGGCUAAAUGAAUGAAUAUCUUAUUGCACAAUUAAGUUAAUUAAUUGUGAAAACUGGUCAACACCUUUAAAUCAUUUUAAUCAUAAUAAUAGUAAUCCAAUGAAAUGAUUGAUUUUAUUUCAUUUGAAUAUUGAUCGUUGAAACAAUCAACUUUAAUUGAAUGUUGUUUAAACAAUUUACUUUGUUUUCUGUUGUUAUAAUUGAUUAUAUUAAUACGAUAAGUUGAUUUAUCUUUUUCCAGAUAAUAUUUAAGUGAUUAACAAUGAGAACAAUUGAAUUAAUAACUUUUAAUUGUUUCAUUUGUCUUAUACUUGUUAUCGUUUCAACGGAUUCACAGUUAUUUUCAGUUCUUGCACUGGCGACAUUGGCAAAGGUACUUCGACCUCGACCUAAGUAUCGACCACCACCAAUGUACCCUUAUGACCCAAUGGUAUCCUCGAGUUCACAUGGAGCACCGAUCAUGAUGAGACCUUCACCACCACCAUCACCUUUGACCCCUCAACAAUUUCCAAUGGUACAACAAUCAUUUUCUCAACCAAUUCCACCAAUUUCCUCCAAAAGUGGCUUUGGAUAUCCAAGUAAUCAAUUGGUCUCCACUAAUCAAGCAAUAAAUUGGAAUCAAAAUCAACAAUCUUCAAGUCCAGUGGUUCCUAAUUUCUCAUAUCCAGCUAAUGGUUUCACAUCAACGGCCAAUUUACAACCUCAACAAUCAACAACUAAUUACAUGAUUGCUUCAAAACCUCAAGUUUAUCCUCUAUUCAAAUUCAUUGCUGUUAAUCAAAGUGACAAAAUGAACAAAUCAAAAUCGAAAAGAACUCAAAAUAAAAAAAGAUUAACCCACUAAACGUGAACAAUUUAUUUUCCUAAAACUUUCACCAAAUUGAAUAGAUUUUAAAAAUCUUCAUUGAUUGUUAAUCUUUUAAUCGUCAA